AUGAUCAAAUUCUUUGGAAAGGAGCCUCAGUUGACUGUCUGGAAGAGUGAAACUAAGCGAGUUAUUGAAGAGCUACUUAUGCAGGAAACUUUUUCAAGGGAAGAAUGCGAUAGGCUAAUAAAGAUUGUUAAUUCACGAGUUGUAGAUAGUUCUACCAUGAAGGGGGGACAGGGCAGAAGACCAAGCGAGUUGCGUAGUGUAACAGCUGGAAAAGUUGGUGUUACAAACAUUUCAUACACAGAUGCUCCUGAUCUCUGCAGUAAUGCCGUCAUGGAAGCAAAAAAAUGGUUUAAGGAAAAGAAAGUGGGAUCAAAUUCGAAACCAGACUUGAAGAAUUUUCCACCAGACAGAAAUCCAUGUAGAGGCACUCACAAGAAGAGGAAGGCAAGACUAGGAGAUCUGCUUCAUUAUGCGGCAGAGCUGCUUAAAAAGGUUCAAGAAAAAUCAAAACUUGAUCAGGAGCAAGAUACAAUGGGCAGUAUCCAUUAUCGUAUGUACAAGGAAGGACACAUAGUUUUAGAACAUGUAGUCACCCGCAAAGAGUGUGUGCCCUGA